UUUUUGUCUUUUUGCGAACGACGUAUGGUGGUUAAAGUUAUCUAACAUACAACAUUAAGUUUUUAGUCGAAGUAACGAAACAAUUGAAAUUGCUUUGAAAUUGGUAGGAAAUAUGCGCAUUUUUUCCGCUGGACACAUUGUAAGACUAAAUGCUUUGGCGGCUGGAAAACAACAAGUGAAAGCAUUUAAACAGCCUAGUCGCAAUGCUGCAAAAUGGUAUCCAGAUCCGGAAUUUUUAAAGCAGUUUGCAGCACCUGUUAUGUAUCCAGACGCGGUUACUUCACAAUGGACAUUACCUCCGUGGAAUCAUCAGAUGCUGCCGGUUGAAAAGAAAAUACGAAAUUUGACUAUAAAUUUUGGACCGCAGCAUCCAGCUGCUCAUGGUGUGUUGCGUUUAGUGAUGGAAUUAGAUGGCGAGACAGUAACUCGUUGCGAUCCUCAUAUCGGUUUGUUGCAUCGUGGAACGGAGAAACUGAUUGAGUAUAAAACGUACACGCAAGCCCUACCAUACUUUGAUCGCUUGGAUUAUGUAUCAAUGAUGUGUAAUGAACAAUGUUAUUCUAUGGCCGUUGAAAAAUUGCUUAAUAUCGAAGUACCUAUGCGAGCCAAAUAUAUUCGGACAUUAUUCGCGGAAAUAACGCGUAUUUUGAAUCACAUAAUGGCUAUCGGUACACAUGCCUUAGACGUUGGUGCGCUUACACCCUUCUUUUGGUUAUUUGAGGAACGUGAGAAAAUGAUGGAGUUUUAUGAACGUGCUUCUGGGGCUCGCAUGCAUGCAGCGUACAUAAGGCCUGGCGGCGUAUCGCUGGACAUGCCAAUAGGUCUGAUGGAUGAUAUCUAUGAAUUUGCUUCGAAAUUUGCUGAACGUUUGGAUGAAGUAGAAGAUGUUCUCACAACAAAUCGGAUAUGGGUGCAACGCACAGCAGAUAUUGGAACUGUUACAGCUGAGGAAGCUCUAAACUAUGGCUUUAGUGGCGUAAUGCUUCGAGGAUCUGGAAUUAAAUGGGAUUUACGCAAACAACAGCCCUACGAUGCCUAUGAUCUUGUCGACUUUGAUAUACCAAUUGGAACUAAAGGCGACUGUUAUGAUCGUUAUUUGUGUCGUGUUGAAGAAAUGCGGCAGUCCCUGCGCAUUAUCGAUCAAUGUCUAAAUCAAAUGCCUGAAGGUGAAAUCAAAACGGAUGAUGCGAAAAUUGCGCCACCAUCGCGCGCUGAAAUGAAAGUAUCAAUGGAAGCUCUUAUUCAUCAUUUUAAGCUUUUUAGCCAGGGCUUUCAGGUACCACCUGGAACAACUUACACCGCGAUCGAAGCUCCUAAAGGAGAAUUUGGCGUCUAUUUGGUGGCUGACGGUUCCAGUCGGCCCUAUCGCUGCAAAAUAAAAGCACCAGGCUUUGCUCACUUAGCGGCGCUUAAUCAUGUUGGUAGACAGCAUAUGCUGGCAGAUGUUGUGGCCAUUAUUGGUACACUUGAUGUUGUAUUUGGUGAAAUUGAUCGUUAGAAAGCAAACUAUGCUUUCAGUGUAAAUUCUUAAAGAUAUUCAAAUAGAUAAUUGGAAAAUAUUAACGCAAAUAA